AUGUAUGGUUACAACACUCAUAUGGCUAGAGAAUUAAAAUCUGAUUCGUGGAUUGAAAGACAUGUUCCGGGCGGAUUAAAUGGUUUUAUAGGUGAAUUUCUUGACAAUGCAAUAGGUGGAAAUCCAAAUCCAACAUAUGGUCAAAUCGUUGGAGGUUUUCCCGGAGUUGGUGGACACAGAGGUUAUCCGCACUAUGGUCAUUCGUAUGGUUAUGGAGGUUAUUAUUAA